GUCAGGAUGAGGAGGCGGAGGUCGGCGCUCGGGUCCAUCUCUGCCCGCGGCUGUGGCGGCGCCGGCGGCUCCAGCCUUAGCGGUUCCUCCCUGGGCGGUGGCGGCGGCGGCUCGGUCGACGCCUCCUCCGCCAGCUGAGCCUGUGGGAGCCCGGGACGCCGCUUCGCCGCCCAUCCCCGCUCCCCGAGGCCGGCCGCCCGGCCAUGGCGCAGCCGGGCCCGGCUCCUCAGCCUGACGUUUCUCUUCAGCAACGGGUAGCAGAAUUGGAAAAAAUUAAUGCAGAAUUUUUACGUGCAAAGCAGCAGCUUGAGCAAGAAUUUAAUCAAAAGAGAGCAAAAUUUAAAGAGUUGUAUUUGGCUAAAGAGGAGGAUCUGAAGAGGCAAAAUGCAGUUUUACAAGCUGCACAAGAUGAUUUGGGACAUCUUCGGACACAGCUGUGGGAAGCCCAAGCAGAGAUGGAAAAUAUCAAGGCCAUUGCCACGGUGUCUGAGAAUACCAAGCAAGAAGCUAUAGAUGAAGUGAAAAGACAGUGGAGAGAAGAAGUUGCUUCACUUCAGGCUGUUAUGAAAGAAACAGUUCGUGACUAUGAGCAUCAGUUCCACCUUAGGCUGGAGCAGGAGCGAACACAGUGGGCACAGUAUCGAGAAUCCGCAGAGAGGGAAAUAGCUGAUUUAAGGAGAAGGCUGUCUGAAGGUCAAGAGGAGGAAAAUUUAGAAAAUGAAAUGAAAAAGGCCCAAGAGGAUGCUGAAAAACUUCGGUCUGUUGUGAUGCCUAUGGAGAAGGAAAUUGCAGCUUUGAAAGAUAAACUGACAGAGGCUGAAGACAAGAUUAAAGAGCUGGAGGCCUCAAAGGUUAAAGAACUGAAUCAUUAUCUGGAAGCUGAGAAAUCUUGUAGGACUGAUCUGGAGAUGUACGUAGCUGUUUUGAAUACUCAGAAAUCUGUUUUACAGGAAGAUGCUGAGAAACUUCGGAAAGAAUUGCAUGAAGUAUGCCAUCUCUUGGAGCAAGAGCGACAACAGCACAACCAGUUGAAACACACGUGGCAGAAGGCCAAUGACCAGUUCCUGGAAUCUCAGCGUUUGCUGAUGAGGGACAUGCAGCGAAUGGAAAUUGUGCUAACUUCAGAACAGCUCCGACAAGUUGAAGAACUGAAGAAGAAAGAUCAGGAGGAAGAUGAACAACAAAGACUUAGUAAGAGAAAGGAUCACAAAAAAACAAAUGUUGAGGAAGAAGUAAAAAUACCAGUAGUGUGUGCUUUAACUCAUGAAGAAUCUUCAGCCCAGUUAUCAAAUGAGGAGGAGCAUUUAGAUAGCAACCAUGGUUCAGUCCAUUCUUUAGAUGCAGACUUACUGUUGCCAUCCGGGGAUCCAUUCAGUAAAUCAGACAAUGACAUGUUUAAAGAUGGACUCAGGAGAGCACAGUCUACAGACAGCUUGGGAACCUCAGGCUCACUGCAAUCCAAAGCUUUAGGCUAUAACUACAAAGCAAAAUCUGCUGGGAACCUGGACGAAUCAGAUUUUGGACCGUUGGUAGGAGCAGAUUCGGUGACUGAGAACUUUGAUACCGCCUCCCUUGGGUCACUGCAAAUGCCAAGUGGGUUUAUGUUAACCAAAGAUCAGGAAAGAGCAAUCAAGGCGAUGACACCAGAACAAGAAGAAACGGCAUCCCUCCUGUCUAGUGUCACACAGGGUAUGGAAAGUGCUUAUGUGUCUCCCAGUGGUUACCGCUUAGUCAGUGAGACAGAAUGGAAUCUCCUGCAGAAAGAGGUACAUAAUGCUGGAAAUAAACUUGGUAGACGUUGUGAUAUGUGUUCCAAUUAUGAAAAACAGUUACAAGGAAUUCAGAUUCAAGAGGCUGAAACAAGAGACCAGGUGAAAAAGCUACAGGUGAUGCUAAGGCAAGCAAAUGACCAGUUAGAGAAGACAAUGAGAGAUAAACAGGAGCUAGAAGACUUCAUAAAGCAGAGCACUGAAGAUUCAAGUCACCAGAUCUCUGCACUUGUCCUAAGAGCCCAAGCAUCUGAGAUCUUACUUGAAGAGUUACAACAGGGGUUUUCCCAGGCAAAGAGGGAUGUUCAGGAACAGGUGGCAGUGCUGAUGCAGUCACGGGAACAGGUUUCAGAAGAGCUGGUGAGGUUACAGAAAGAUAAUGACAGUCUUCAGGGAAAGCAUAGCUUGCAUGUGUCAUUACAACAAGCAGAAGACUUCAUUCUCCCAGACACUAUAGAGGCGCUCCGGGAGUUGGUAUUAAAAUACCGUGAGAACAUCAUUAAUGUGCGGACAGCAGCAGAUCACAUGGAAGAAAAGCUGAAGGCUGAAAUACUUUUCCUGAAAGAGCAGAUUCAAGCAGAACAAUGUUUAAAAGAAAACCUCGAAGAAACUCUGCAGCUAGAAAUAGAAAACUGCAAGGAAGAAAUAGCCUCCAUUUCUAGCCUAAAAGCUGAAUUAGAAAGAAUAAAAGUAGAAAAAGGACAGUUGGAGUCCACAUUAAGAGAGAAGUCUCAACAGCUUGAAAGCCUUCAGGAGAUGAAGAUCACUUUGGAAGAACAGUUAAAGAAAGAAACUGCUGCUAAGGUUACUGUUGAACAACUAAUGUUUGAAGAGAAGAACAAAGCUCAGAGGUUGCAGACAGAACUAGAUGUCAGUGAACAAGUCCAGAGAGACUUUGUAAAGCUUUCUCAGACCCUUCAGGUGCAAUUAGAGCGGAUCCGGCAAGCAGACUCCUUGGAGAGAAUCCGGGCAAUUCUGAACGAUACCAAACUGACAGACAUUAACCAGCUCCCUGAGACAUGACACCCUCAUGGCAGGACUCUAGCCUGCACUUUGGGUUUUUAACUCAUCUUUAGAGCAACAUUAAUUAUUAUUUAACUCUUAACUGAAGAAGAAGUCACACACAGAAAAAGGAAGACUGGAGAAAUGCUUAAUUCUAGUGGGCAGACUGUGCAGCGUGGGAGCAGCAAACAGCCAGGGUAAUUUGCAGCAGAAAAGACCUUUCAACUGGGAACCAGACUCCAGACCUGAUUCCAGUGAGUGUGGGAUCAGAUUUGGUGAUGGAGGAAGUGCUGUUUCCUUGCCUGCUUUAGUCAACAUUUCCCUGCCCUACAGCACCGUCCCAGUAGUGUUUGAAAUGGCAUUUCCUGUUCAUAGCUGUUGGAAGAGAGAAUUUGUUUCUGUUGUCUAGAGUUCAUCAGUAACAGUAUUCAGCUAGCAGACAGAGGUGGAGUAUGCCGUAUGAAUAUUUUAUAUUAAAAUAUGAAGUUUGAGAGCAGCCCACUGGCUAGUGACUGUAUUUCCUAGCUCAGUGUAUUUUUUUUUUAACCAUUUUAUCUUGCAUUGGAGGACCUUAAAUGCUACUGAAACUUGCCUGAGAACCAUAAGACGGUGGCAGACAACCAAUUCAAUUGAAUUGGAACCGAACUAAUUAUGAGGAUUUGCAAACUUGGCUGGGGCUAUAUGUAUUGGAAGUUGAGGUUAAAGGAAAAGCACAAGAAACUGUUUGGAAGCACUUUUCCUGCUACCUGGGUAAGCUUCGCGGACUCACAGGUGCCGGGGUCAAGCUGAACUGGCACCGUCUACUCUUUUGAAAACUGUUUUAGUUUAGUUAUUGGAUCAGUGGAAAAAAAUAUUAAUAAAACAAGCUAUGUCUGACAACAUCUAGUAUAAAUUUAUAAGUCUGCUGCUUAUUUUAUUUUCAACUCGAGUCAGUGGGCCUGAGUACGUACUUGUUUCAAAAGUGUCAAAUACAAAAAUGGUGAUAACUAGGUUUGGCAGAUGCCUGUUUUGUACUUUUCUUUUAUAUUUUAGACCUGGAGUGUGAUAAUGCUUGUGGUGGAGUUGGGGAAAAACCCAGUUAGUUGAUCAGUUUGGAAAUCUGCUUUGUCAUUUCUAUGAGGUUAGAUUCCUUUCCUGUGUGGAUAAAGCUUCAAUGAACAGGUUGUCUUUGCCGUAGCCUUAUGAAGUGUUGCAGAAAGCACAAGGAUGGAUUUAUAGUCACUGUUUACCUGCAGUACUGUUUGUUAGCCAGUGGAAGACUACACUGUGCGAUUCAUCACACAGAUGGUUCCAAAGUAAAACUGUUGUUUUCAAAUUUUUGUGAUUGGUGUUGUGUAACGGCAGAGUACUUGAAGGAACCGUAUGGAAAUUAAGCGGAUUGAGUAGAUUGUUUGGCUCACAUAAAGCUACAACUUGAAUUGUCUUUGUUAUAAAUGAAGUCAUAAUGGACUAGCCCUAAAGAUCUUUAUUUCUGUCUUCCAUAGGACAGGACAAGGUAAGGCCUACAUACCUCAUUCCUUGGGCUAUUGCUGUAGUCUUACAUUCAUGAUUAUGAAUUUUGAAAGUAAACACUAAUUAUGGAAAUAGUGCUAUAGGCUUGCAUGCAUGAAACAUUAUUUUAGUUGGUUUAAAGUCCCUUUGUAUAAAGUACUACUCUGUUUCCUUUAAAGGAAACAUGUAUCUUGAUUGAGUUACAGGGAAUUUUAUUAAUUCCAAAAAUACAAUCACUUUAAAUUACAUAAGUGUCAGACUAGUCCCUUGGAUAAACUCCAAGCUAAUUUGUUUCAGAUUAUUAAAAUUGGCACCAUAAAUCAAGAUGGAUAAUUCAUAACCUUCCGGAACGAACUGAACUACAACUCCCAGGGAACUGCUUGGCUGAGACUGGGUACCUUGCUGAUGCUGAUGUUUUUCUCCGUAAGACGGUCCUGGGCCCAUAAAAUUCAUGAUUAGGAAACUGUUAGCACUCUCUACAGUGGCAGAUGCAAAUUGUUGGAACCCACUUUUUUGAGAAAAAUAUGCUAGAAAAACCCAAACUGAGACUAGGUUUUGUUAACAGUCUCUACUUCUGUUAUGAAACACUUCUUUAAACUGGGUUUUCUUUAUAAAUGGGAAACUGAUUUAGAAGGUAGUGUUUAGCCCUUCAAGACAAAAGAAAAGGUCAGCUGGGUUUCACGAGUGUUCCUGCGCUUGUAUUCAGUCUGUGUACACGUGUUCUCACGCAUGUCUAACCUGAUUUACCUCUUACCUGUAACCUACCACCUUACCAUGUAUGUGGCUUUUAAUUGGCAGUCACUCAGCCAUUUCUAGGCAGGUACGGUAUUACCUUUCAGAACUCAUUGGCAGGUAUAAAAAUAUUACCUAAUGCUAAAAGACAAAAUCAUAUACUGUAUACCAAGCUAUUUGUUUCUCCAUUUGAGAUCCUACAUGUGCACCUCAUACCCACUCAGUGACAUGUAUUGGGACACAGAGCACAGCCGAACUCAGCUCUGAAAGGAAAUACUGCCUGUCGAGGAAGUGAGCCAGCAGUGUGGCCUUGCAAUUGUGGAUACCGAGUUCUGCUCUGAGCAGGUUUUAGGUAUAACCAUUUGUUAACUGUACUGAAGGUGUGUCCUUAAGAAGAAAGUGUUCAAAUUAAAAAAGCUGCUGUCUAGUA